UCGCCUUCAUAGGCUUCUCCACCAUUGUUCCUUCCAGCCACGAACGACACAAACGAAGCCAAGUUCCCCCAGCUCCGAACAGGAGCUCUCUAUCCUCUCUCUAUUACACUCCUGGAGAAGGAAAGGCGGGAGGAAACCCAGACGUCCACGCCCGACCCCUUGGCCCUCCCCUUUACCUCUCCACCUCUCACUACACACCCUCUCCUCUAGGCGGGGACGAAUCCACAUUCGCCCUGAGAGAGGCGGAGCCUCAGCUUCUACUCCCACCACCCCCGCUAUCGCGAGCUUUCGGAACUCUCGCGAGAUCCGACGCCCGACUUGUGCGCCCGGGAAACCCCGUCGCUCCCUUUCCCCUGGCUGGCAGCGCGGAGGCCGCACGAUGCCUGGAGUUACUGUAAAAGACGUGAACCAGCAGGAGUUCGUCAGAGCUCUGGCAGCCUUCCUCAAAAAGUCCGGGAAGCUGAAAGUCCCCGAAUGGGUCGACACCGUCAAGCUAGCCAAGCACAAAGAGCUUGCUCCCUACGAUGAGAACUGGUUCUACACACGAGCUGCUUCCACAGCGCGGCACCUGUACCUCCGGGGUGGCGCUGGGGUUGGCUCCAUGACCAAGAUCUAUGGGGGACGUCAGAGAAACGGUGUCAUGCCCAGCCACUUCAGCCGAGGCUCCAAGAGUGUGGCUCGUCGGGUGCUCCAAGCCCUGGAGGGGCUGAAAAUGGUGGAAAAGGACCAAGAUGGGGGCCGCAAACUGACACCUCAGGGACAGAGAGACCUGGACAGAAUCGCCGGACAGGUGGCAGCUGCCAACAAGAAGCAUUAGUGAACAAACCAUGCUGGGUUAAUAAAUUGCCUCAUUCGUAA